AGACACAAGCAAACAUGUCGGUGGUGCGUGGACACCGGCGUGUCUUGCACAAUCAGUUUUAGUUUGAAAGCUCGUUAUUUUGUGUUAGCUUUACUCAGUAGCAGUUGAAAUGGUGCAAGAAUACCAGUCCCCCGUAAGGGUAUAUAAGUAUCCUUUCGAGAUAGUUAUGGCGGCUUACGAAAAGCGUUUUCCUACUUGCAAAAUGAUUCCAGUGUUUCUCGGCAGCGAUAUUUUGUCAGAGUAUAAAAGCGAAGACGGCGCAAUACACAACAUCGAAAGGAGAUGCAAGCUCGACGUAGAUGCUCCCUAUCUAUUGAAGAAAAUUAUUGGCGUUGAGCAUGUGUACUUCAAUCAAACGAACUGUCUCGACAGGCGGGAGAGGACUCUGACUAUCACUGCUUUCAACGAGAGCUUCUCAUCUCGUGUUUCUGUUACGGAACACUGCUUUUAUUCGGUUCAUCCUGACAAUCCUGACUGGACUUGUUUUGAGCAGGAUGCCACUUUGGACAUCAAGUCAUUCUUUGGUUUUGAGGCAGCCAUUGAGAAGUUGGCCAUCAAGUUGUAUCUUCAGAACAUCAAGAAGGGUAAAGAAGUGAUUCAGUAUUAUAUUGAUGAGUUGAUAAGUGAAGGAGUGACAUAUCUGGCUCCCUUUGAAAACUCCCGUGGACGCCCGAGAACAAAGAGUGCGGAAGCUGUUGGCAGUGAAGACCAAACUGAGGAGGAUGGUGAUGCCCUUCCUAUUGCAAGCUCUGCAAUAGAAGCUUCUGAUGUGGUACCUCUUGCCUCCAGACCAGACUACAAGCUUGAUGAUGACUACAUUCAGAGAUUCCUGGGAAAACUUAGUCCCAAGGAAGAGAACCAACUUAUUCAGCUGCGUAAGAAACUCAGUGCCACACAUCAGGGAAAGAUGCCAAAUGAUGCCCAUCUUUUAAGAUUUCUUAGGGCACGAGACUUCAACUUAGACAAGGUGUAUGAGAUGCUGUGCGAGUCUCUGGCAUGGCGACGGCAUCACAAUAUAGACAACAUAAGGGAAAUAUGGCAGCCUCCUGAACCUCUUUUGAACUACUACAGUGGAGGGUGGCAUAACAGAGACAAAGAGGGGCGACCAUUGUACAUACUUAGGCUUGGGUCCAUGGAUGUUAAAGGUCUCCUAAAAGCUGUUGGUGAAGAUGGCUUUCUGAAGCAUGUUGUCUCAAUUAAUGAAGAAGGACUAAGAAUGACAGAGGAACUGACAAAACAAACAGGGCAUCCAAUCAGGAAUCAAAGCUUUGUUGAAGGUGAUUGAGGUUGUAGAAUGUAACUACCCUGAGACAAUGGGUAGACUGCUGAUUGUGCGUGCACCCAGGAUAUUUGGUGUUUUGUGGACACUGGUCAGUCCUUUCAUUGAUGAAAACACAAGGAACAAGUUCCUCAUUUAUGGAGGAAAUGACUACCAGGAUCCUGGUGGUUUGACUGACUAUAUUGCAGCAGAAUACAUUCCAGACUUUCUUGGUGGACCAUAUGAGUGUCAAAUUAAGGAGGGGGGACUUGUCCCAAAGACUCUGUACCGAUCUCUGGAGUUCAAUGAGGGAGAAGAAUCUUGGAGCAGUGAAAUCUACCAAACAACACAUGUUAGUAAGGGCUCAGCCCAUGAGGUCCUGGUAACAAUAAAAGAAUCUCAGGCAGUAAUCACAUGGGAUUUUGAUGUCAUGAAAGGAGAUGUCCAGUUCACAGUGUUCCGUCACAAGCGGCCUCGUGAGGCAGUCAGUACCACAAGCUUGUCAAGUUUUGGAAGUGAUGCAUCCCUCAACCAGUCUGGAGUUAUUGCUGGGGUUGAUGCAGUGGUGGUUGAAAAGCCAAGGCAUUGCUAUGAUGGUGAAUCUAUACAGGGGACACAUGUUUGUUCCAUUCCUGGAGUUUAUGUUCUUCAGUGGAAGUACAAAUCUGGAGCACCAACAGGCCAAGCCCAUGGGCGUCACACCAGAGCUAAAGUCAUGUACUAUCAUGAAGUACUUCCUUCUCGAGAUUUUAGGGGAUCGUUAUCAAGUCUGGAGUCUUGCCACAGCGGCUUCUCUCAACUUAGCAUUUCAACUUCAACAAGUCACUCUUCAGGUGCAAGCACUGCUUCACAUCCGUCCAGAUAGCAACUACAGUCAAGAGGGGCUCUGACACCAAGCACAACCAAAUUGCAUGUAACAAAACAAAGUGGCAAAGAAUGAGCUAAUUACAGUGCUUUGCAUUACUUCUUUACAACAUGCACAGAGGACAGAAUGUUAAGUGAUUUGUAACGUCUGUUUGUAUAGCUAAACAGAGUGCUUUAUGCCCGUCAAUUUUCUAUCCUAAUUAUAGUGAAAGCAAAUUGCCAUUUUUGUCUGCUGGCAGACGAAAUUAUUGGUAAUUAGCGACAGAAAUUUAUUUGAGAAGUUGUGGAAUACCAGAGAAUCUGAAUUGCUACAGGCUUGUAGCUCAGAAAUUUCUGGUGACACACUUUUGCUCAAGUUAAGGCUAAACAGUGGUAAAAUGCAUCUCAAUUUACAUAAUAUGUAUAUAAAAUUAAGAAACAGUCAAUUUUUUUUUCAAUUGUCAAUGCAUUAUGUGUUGCAACACUUAAAGAACUGAACAUUUCAGUGUCCUCUGCUGCCUGUUUUUUUUCUAGCUAGCUUUAAUUGCAAAGGUUUUGUUCCUACUAUUCCCAUGCAAUAGG